AUGGCCUCUCUCCGGCUUCGACGGACGCCAGCCUUGAGCUCUACGCUUGCACUCCCAAAGUGUGGUGCGUCUUUACGCUCCCGCACCUUUAGUGUUCUCAGAUCGAAACCUACACCUCGACAAAUCUGCGUCUCGAGCUUACGGCCGUCGAUUGCGCCUACGUUCGCCUCCCUAUCGCGGUACCAGCAGUUUAGUACCUCGCCUACCCGCUAUGAGACGAUUGUCAAAGUGCCCCAGAUGGCCGAAUCCAUUUCUGAAGGUACCCUCAGCAGUUUCACAAAACAAGUCGGGGAUUACGUCGAGCAAGAUGAGGAGAUUGCGUCUAUCGAGACGGACAAGAUCGAUGUCUCGGUCAAUUCUCCGGAAGCGGGCACAAUAAAGGAGUUUCUCGUCAAUGAGGGAGACACUGUGACAGUCGGGCAGGAAAUUGCGAAGCUCGAACCUGGUGGAGGAGGCGGCGGAGGCGCUAAAGAAGCAAAGGAAGAGCCCAAGGAGCCUGCUUCGAAAGAAAAACCCACGAGCUCAGAUCCUGAGCCAAAGAAGGAGGAGCCGAAGAAAGAAGAGGCCCCUCCCCCUCCGCCCAAGAAGGAAGAAAAGCCCGCUCCACCCAAGGAAGAGAAGAAGUCUUCUCCGCCUCCCAAAGAGGAGAAGAAACCAGAUGAGUCCAAAGCCGGAAUUGAGUCGCCAUUCGGCAAAGGCACAAGAAACGAGAACAGGGUCAAAAUGAACCGCAUGCGUCUGCGAAUUGCAGAGCGUCUCAAGCAGUCCCAGAACACUGCUGCUUCGCUAACCACGUUCAACGAAGUGGACAUGUCCAACAUUAUGGAGUUCCGGAAGAAGUACAAGGAUGAGAUCCUGAAGAAUACCGGCGUCAAGCUUGGCUUCAUGAGUGCCUUUGCCAAAGCUAGCAUUCUGGCCAUGAGAGAAGUGCCCACUGUCAACGCUUCUAUUGAAGGUCCGGGUGGUGGCGACACCAUUGUGUACAGGGAUUUUGUGGAUAUCAGCGUUGCAGUAGCAACACCCAAAGGCUUGGUGACACCUGUGGUCCGAAAUGCAGAGAGCAUGGAAAUGGUUGAGAUUGAGAAGUCCAUUGCAGAUUUGGGCAAGAAGGCUCGCGAUGGAAAGCUCACUAUUGAAGAUAUGGCCGGAGGUACGUACACCAUCAGCAACGGCGGUGUCUUUGGGUCGAUGAUGGGAACUCCCAUUAUCAAUCUGCCUCAGACCGCAGUGCUCGGGCUACAUGCCAUUAAGGACCGAGCGGUGGUUGUCAAUGGCAAGAUCGAGAUCAGACCAAUGAUGUAUCUUGCCCUGACCUACGACCAUCGUCUGCUGGAUGGAAGGGAGGCUGUCACAUUCUUGGUGAAGAUCAAGGAAUACAUAGAAGACCCGCGGAAGAUGCUUUUGGCAUAA